UGGGUUGUUUCUGAGAAGAAGGAGUAUUGUGUUUUUUAACUUAUUAUUAUUAUUAUUAUUAUUAUUACUUAGUCAUAGUUGUGUCGUACAUUUUUGCUGUCGCAUACCAUAAUAUAAUGAUGUGAUUUUUAGACACAUGUUGGUACAACAACGAUCUCAAGAUAGUGACAUGCAUCCGCCUUCUGACGUACGAAGUUGUCACUGGCGAUUGGAAAGUGGCAUCGGUAGCGACUCAAAUUUGAGUAAAAAGCGUGAUAUUGGUUUCAUGAGAAAAUCAACAUUAUUGAGACGGUUAUGGGGUUCGUAUAAGCCACUUUCGGAGCGAACUUCGCGAUUUUCAAGUUCUUUUUAUGAUUGGCACUACGGAAAAUCAAACGCCAGCUUGAACUCCAAUACUUCUUCUCCUGAGCAUGUAAAGUGCAAAUGCAAAUGUGGAAGCGAGGAGUUCAAAACGCCCCCUGUACCCCAAAAGGUCGUUAACACAAAAUUACAACCCCAAGCUUCAGAACAGAAAAUUCCGCCAGAAGAGUCUGCCAAAUUGAAGUCACAUUUUAGCUCUAGUCGAUCACGGAAAACAUGCCCUAGUUCAUCAUCAUUGGAAAAUCCAACAAGUUCCAACAAUAGCAGGUCGAGCACAACGAAAAACACCAGCGUUACCGAGGCUGACUCAGAAAACUGUAGCACUACAACCACGGACAAUUCUGAUUCAGCCUACACCAACACUAAUACUAACUUCACUGCCGCUUCAACCGAUAACUCAACAGCGUACACAAGCGUAUUUUCCGAUCAGUUCAUUGAAGAAAAUGGAAAUGUUGGCGAAACCGAAUGUCAAAAUAUACCGCAAGUGAACAAUAAGUUACUUCCUGAGGGAUUAAAUGAUAAUUCCACUCAGACUGCAACCACCACAAAUUUAAAUGUGAUUUCUAACAUUCAAUUGAGCCAAUCAACGCUAAACCUAAUAUUCAAUCAGGUCAUGCAAGACGCUCGAAAAUCGUCGCACACUGACAUUAAUAUAAGCGCAGUCAGUAGUCGUGACGUACCUACAGCAGAACCUCAUGUUAUCCAAGUCAAACAGGUGCCCAGCUUUUAUUUAAAAACGGAAGAAGAUAAAGUUGUCAACGCAGAUCACCAUCGGAUCUUAAAAUGCAUGGUUAGCACUGCGCGAACUGAUUUGUAUGGAAAAAGCUCUGAAGUGCAAGGAACUGUUGUACCUAGAUAUUCAGCUGUACCCCGUACCACGUCGAUGGAAGUCAACACUUCUUCGGCCGACUCGACCGACAAGGAAGACAAUAUUAGUUUAGUAGACAGCCUGGAAGGGUCAUGUUCUCCGUAUACAGAUAUGAAUCUUAACAGCAGGUUUGAUGAUAAACCAGUCAGAGGAGACAUUUCGCCUUUGUUACCAGACAAUAGCAUUAAAUCCAAUAAAUAUGAAAAGGCGUCGGUUUUCUUCAUACCAAUAGAGACUAAUUCGAAUACCGAAGUUAAGCCGGUGGCAGACCAUCUACCGGAUAAAGUGAGGGAACGGUUGUCUAAUCGGCAGAUUAGGCGUCAACAAAAGUGUCGCGAAACAAAGGACUCGGCAAAAUCGGACAGCAAUUACGUUAGUGCAAGUGAUAAUGGUCAUCAGAUGAACCUCGACAAUAGUAAGCAAAGGUUAUUAAAUUCAUUGCCCGACAUUAACUCCAAUAAGUGCAAGAAAAAAACCAAACCGCUACUGCCAAAUAUAGAAUCAAUGAAAAAAACGAAAUGUAAAACCAGUCCAAAAAGUGAAGGUUUAGAAAAACCCAAGGAAAGGUCAAAGCAGAAUAAGAAAAAAAUCGGAAAACCUCAGUCAGACCAACACGAGAAACCGCCACACUGGAUUUCAAAAACGCAACACACCGUUUUGGAACAGCUAUCGCCGUUGUACAUCACCAAGCGAGAUUACGCCUACAGCGUUGUCCCCAAUCGAAUUUACCAUAAGACUGAAUUCACGAACUCAAAUAAGCACAUUGAAAUUUUGGAGAUUGUAGACUGCAUCGAACCUUUGUCUCAUCGCGAAAGUUCCCGACGACACCCCAAGACGAAACACUCCAAAAUCCCGGUUUUGGUACAGUCGAAAUUGCCAAGCAUCUCCAAAAGUGUUAAAAAUGAAAAGCCGAGAUUUUUGGAUUUCGAACAAGGCCAAGAAGAUGACCCCAAAAUUGACCAGCUAAUUGCCAACAUAUUAAUAGACGCUUUGAAUAAGAACGAACCGCAAAGUUCACCCGAAGACAAAGCGAGCGACCACAAAGUCGAGAAACGUCCACCGGUGACCCCGCCCGCUCCUCUUCGACAAUCCAAUAAGUAUCAACAGAUAUUUGAGGCGAUCCCAGAGGAGCGCGCUUCGUUGAAAUCCUCGUCUGAGGAUGCUUCCGAUCCAACUAAGCGUACCGAGAAAGAAGAGCGAAAACAGGGAGCAAGUGGAGAGAAUGAGUCGUCCGUACCAAAAGGUUGGGUUACAUUCUACACGGUUCCUAAAGGUGAAGACAGCACUUCUGAAGAAGGAAGGACGCAUAAGUUGGUUGCUGAUAGAACCGAUUGUAAAGAAAAUUUGAAAUGCGACUACAACCAACACCUAAAUUAUACUAUGGCCAGCCCUGAUGAUACGAAAGCACAGAAUGUAGAGCAAAAGCUUAAUCGUCAAAUACAUGUAGUUCCUUCAGUUAUUCGUGAUAGUUUCGAUACGUGGAGUAGUAGCGAUCAAGAAAAACAUACGAAAAUUCUAUAUCCUUUGCCAUCGAUUUAUAAAAAUCAACCGCAGAAAAAGAGCAGAGCGAGAAAUUCACAUUCAUUCCCAUCGAACAAAUCAACAUCUGGUGAAUGGACGGUGACCGUGAGCGGUGUAACGAGCGGACGAGACUUUGCACCCGAUUUGGAAAUGCGUCUCACAUUUCCCCACAACAAAAAAUCACUUCCAGAUGACUCUGCUGCAAAAAAAAAUGUUAGAAAGAAAGGCGCACCGGAGACUAAUAAACAUUCUGGGCAACUACCACACCUAAAGCAGAGAGGUGCCAAAACUACCAGGUUGUGUGAAAGCGGCCAUUUUGGAUCAAACAUUAGAGAUUUUUCUAUUGUGGAACCAAGACAAACACGUACAAGUACUAGAAGGCUUCUCUUAAAUAGACCAAGAGGACAUCUGUCACCUGGUGAUUAUCUAGAAAUAGAUACGGAUAAUAGGUAUUGUCCAAAACAUUCUUCUUACAGUCAUAUGGCGGAGAUUCUUAGAAGAAUUCCCGAAUUAUUGAAAGUCACCGGAAAUGCUAUUAGUCCUGAGCGCAAACCGCGAGCAGCCACCAUGAGUGAAAAAGACCUUACUAAGCAUGUGUACAGAAAUUCGUAAAUGUUAUAAGUAUUUGUAAUUUCAUAUGAAAUGUUUAAUAAAUGCAUCUUAGUACCUGCCA